AUGUUAACGGCACUCUCUUGCGGGUUCUCCAGCCCUCCACUCCAUCCGCCAGUGGACACCGCUCUGGCGCAGACCGGGGCGCCGUCGAGGUCUACUUCCGGCCGCUACCACGUCCCUGCCACCCCGGGUUACAAUUUCGCCAAUCUCGACUACAUUGAUAUGUCCCCUGCCACUCUAUUCUUCCUCUCCAACCGUGCCAAGCUGGUGCAGCAGUCCAACCCACCAAGGUAA